AUGUAGAUUCACCUUUAGUUUCCAAAGUAAUAAAGGUGCGCAAUUAGGUGCGCGCACUUCAAUGAGAACCGAAGAGUUCAUUCUGAUAAUGUUUAAUCUGUGUAAAAAUUUAAAUAAAUAAACAAACAAUUGCAUAAUCAGUUGCAACAAAAGAACAUCAAGGGCAAUAAAGCUUUGUUUCUUAACAAGUAGUAAUUGUUCAAAUUAUUACAUGUAAGAAUAAGUAAAUAAAUAAAGUAAAUACAGAGGAAGAAGCUGAAUCCGGAUGUGUGGAUCGUGCGCGCGUCCUCGCCAACUUCAGUGCUUACUAAAAUGACAACCGUUUAUGCAGCACGUCCGUGUAUAGUUGUUUAUUCCGCACAAUAUUAUUUAACCGCCCUCUGAAUGUGCCCCGUGAAAAUGUGCAUUCGCCUCGCGUCACCCUAACGUCGUAACGUACACGUUUCAAUUAAACGGCGUAUCACACGCACAUCAACAUGGCAGGUCGGAAUCGUCCAACGCAACACAAAAAUUUCAUUACGAUCUUUAAUAAAAUACAAGACGCGAUUUCAACGCAUCCGAAAUACGCGACUGACAAACGGACCCUGGACAAGACAUGGAAGCUGAUGGACAAAGUGGUGAAAUUGUGCCAGCACCAGAAAAUGAACCUGAAAAACUCGCCCCCAUUCAUAUUAGAUAUAUUACCUGACACGUACCAGAGACUGAGGCUUAUUUAUUCUAAAUACGAGGACAACAUGUCGGCAUUACACAGUAUUGAACAUUUUAACAUAUUCAUUAUUAAUCUGAUGCGUAAGUGCAAGCAGGCCAUAAAGUUGUUCAAGGAAGGCAAGGAAAAGAUGUUCGAUGAGAACUCACAUUACAGGAGGAACCUGACGAAACUUAGUUUAGUGUUUAGUCAUAUGUUAAGUGAAUUGAAGGCACUGUUUCCAAAUGGGGUUUUUGCUGGGGACCAGUUCCGUAUCACCAAGUCAGAUGCAGCUGAAUUUUGGAAGAACAACUUUGGAAACAGCACAUUGGUCCCGUGGAAAAUUUUUCGUCAGGAACUGAACAAUGUACACCAAAUCAGUUCGGGAUUGGAGGCGAUGGCUCUGAAAUCCACAAUAGACCUUACAUGCAAUGAUUACAUAUCAAACUUUGAAUUCGACGUUUUUACUAGGUUAUUUCAGCCGUGGGCGACGCUGCUUCGCAACUGGCAGAUCCUCGCGGUCACCCAUCCCGGCUACGUGGCCUUCCUGACCUACGACGAAGUGAAGGCGCGUCUGCAACGUUACAUCAGCAAGGCGGGCAGCUACGUGUUCCGAUUGAGCUGCACCCGCCUGGGCCAGUGGGCGAUCGGUUACGUGACGCCCGAGGGCGACAUCCUGCAGACGAUACCGCAGAACAAGAGCCUCAUACAGGCGCUGCUGGACGGUUUUCGGGAGGGAUUUUAUUUGUACCCAGAUGGAAGGCAGGUGAAUCCGGAUCUGUCGUGGGCGGUGCAGCCUAGUCAGGAGGACCACAUAGCAGUCACGCAGGAACAGUAUGAGCUGUACUGCGAGAUGGGCAGUACAUUCCAGCUGUGCAAGAUAUGCGCGGAGAACGACAAGGACGUGAGGAUCGAGCCGUGUGGCCACCUGUUGUGCACGCCCUGCCUUACCGCCUGGCAAGCCGGUUCGGACGGCCAGGGCAGUCAGGGUUGCCCGUUCUGCCGGGCGGAGAUAAAGGGCACCGAACAGAUCGUCGUCGAUCCUUUCGAUCCGAAGAAGACGCAAAACAGGAGCGCGGUGGGCAAAGGGUCGUCGGCUAGUUCGCCGAACGCUCAAACGAUUGACGACGAAGACCUAGAACUCGAGGAAUCUUGGUGUGCGACUGCAUCUAGUCUUCAUGCACUUGCUCAAUCUGCAGAACGAGAAAUAUCUGCUUCGGCGAGUCCGAUGAUUUCGCCAAGAAGCAGUCCGCGCAGCAUAAGACGCAACCCGCCUGGUACCAUCGUGGUGCCAAGCGUCGUGCCACCCCCUCUGCCGCCUAGAAAAAGCAGCCCCACUCACGAACACUUGCCGACGACGUCGCGCAACGGAAUUCACCCGCCGGGCCUCACCGAGGCUUUGAGCGUCACCAAUCUGACCGCCCCUCACGUCGAGGUUCCUUCCAUAGCCAAGAGCAGUUCCAUGCUCGACAUGCACACCACCACCACCAGCAACCAUACCACCACGAAUACGCCAGAAUUCAGUCCACCGGAAACGAUUUACGGCGUCGUGAUAUCCGAUUGCGACAACGUGAUCGAGACAAACAAGACGCAAACGCGUCACUUGAGCUGUCCCACACAUCGCAGCGUGCCGCAAAACAUUCCGCCCGUCAAGUCAAACACGACGCCGAACAUAAGCCAGACGAAUUUGGCACUGCAACAAACUAGUCACAUCGGGAACAGUUCUUCUUACGUCAACAUCGACUUGGAGGUGCCAGGCAAGAGUAGGAAGAGGCCGAAUCCAUUGGAGAAGGAGGCGACCGUUUCGUAUGAGAACCUAAACAUGGAUUAUAUUAAAAAGCUGGUGGGCGAAGGUUAUUCCAAAGACUCAGUAAUAAAAGCGUUGGGUAUUACGCGGAAUAACAUCGAUAUGGCUUGUGAUAUUCUCCAUGAAUUCGGUACUAAGUUAGGAUAGCAGAGGAACCUGUAUUUGUAGAGAGAUUUAAAUUAUUUUUAAUACACUUGUUUAGGCUUGGAGAGAGAUAUUAUUAGUCAGAGAUAUGGAAAUAUGUACUGUUUGAAAUAGUGACUGUGUCUACAAACUACAUGAAUAACUUCGAAUUAUUACAAACUGGUAGUUUGUAGACUGGAGCACUGGAUAGUUUUGAUGUUCAAAAAUUUAUACCUUAACUACUUUUUUAAAAAUACCUUCAAUAACGAAUUUUACCACACUUUUCUCAAAUGCAAUAACAUUAUGUGUAUUUAUUGCGUAUAUAUUAAAUAAUCUUGUUAUUGGAUGUAUUUUGAUAAUUCGAACUGUACUAUGAGCACACAUGGUGAAUAUAUUUUAUUAUAUUAAAGUAUGAAUGUGGGAGAUUUGUAAUCUUUAGUAUAUAUAUAACAAAGUUUUUCUAGAAAGUAUUUUGAUGGCAUUUUAAAAUCUUCUGACAACGUUAUUAUUAAAUAUCAUAAAUGUUUUAAGACUAUUCAUAAUACUGUUAAAAUUGUAUUUUUAUUCGUAUCUUAAAAUAUUUGAAUAUACACGUUCGUUGGUUUUAAAGUUCUGGAUAACAGGGAUAAUCAAAAUUCCUUAACUAUUAAAUACAGAUGUAGAGAUUGUGUAAAUGUGUUGUAAGGUAUAUUUUUGCAGGUUUUAUCUCAACAAUGUUUUCCAAGAGUAUGCCAAUUAAGCCAAAGUUUCAACCUAAAAUACUGAUAAUAAUUCAGCAUUAUAUUUGUAUUAAUCUUAGUGCCAAAUGAUUUAUUUUACGAGUAACAAUCACAAUUAUACCUACCUGUUAAUAAUAUAAUAUUUAGGAACAUUCCAAUUGUAAAUGAAAGGAAUAAAACAAUACCUUACUGCUAUAAUUUUUACAUUAUUUAUAAAACAACUAUUGUAAAAUAGUGGUCUGUCUAUAUCGCACAAAAAUAUGUAUGGCAAGGCGUUGCAGUUUAAGUAUAAUAAUCAUUUGUUUAAGAAUUUUUACUCUGCUGAAUUGGUAUCGAUAUUUUCUGUGAUAACAACCUAAACAGUGAUUAUAUUUUGUAUCAGUAUUUACGAAACUUAAAAUUACGUCUCUUUGACUUAUUUUCUAAGAUGUAUAUGCAAUAUUUAUUUAUUUAUUUCACAUUAAUCGUUUUUAAACAAUAAUUACUAAGUACAGAUCCGUCGUACAAAAUUUUGCCACUACGGGAAAUUACUUUUUAAAAAGAAGUCUGAAAUUUGGUUACCUACAAUUAAAAUCAUAAUAGCCUAAUCAAAUAAUAUAAUAAAUAAUAAGUUGUACAUAUUAAGGUGUCAUAUUUAGUUUCAGAAUUGUACGAAACCAGUAUAAGCUGUCAGGGUUAUUUUUUCUAGGAUGUCGGUCAUCUGUAAAAUAUUACAAAAUAAAGAAUUUUUCAUAUA